AUGAUGAGGUAUUGGUGUGCCAUGAUGAGGUAUUGGUGUGCCAUGAUGAGGUAUUGGUGUGCCAUGAUGAGGUAUUGGUGUGCCAUGAUGAGGUAUUGGUGUGCCAUGAUGCAAUCCCAUAAGUCGAGUAUGGUGAUUCUCGUGAUCAUCCGCAGCAACAGCAUCGAGGGCCUGAGUGUACCGUCGUUUGAAAUCGAGUGUAUCGGCUACACUGUCUCUGUGGGGUACUGCCUCUUUAAGAAGGUCCCCUUUACUGCGUAUGGCGAGCUCUUCUUCCUCCUCCUGCAGUCGCUCAUCCUCAUGUUCCUAAUAUACUCGCAUCUCCCCAACCAGGCAUCGACCACGUGGAUCAAAGUAGGCAUCUACUCUGCCAUGGUACCAGUGCUCUUCUCAGGGGCCAUGAGCGCACACCUGUACGAGACCAUCUAUAAUGCUCAAACGGCUCUCUUCACCAUAGGACGCAUCCCUCAGAUGUGGAGCAACUAUGUGAGCAAGAGCACGGGGCAGCUGAGUGUGUUCACCAUCUUCCUCACCUUUGCUGGCUGCAUUGCCCGUCUGUUCACGUCGAUCCAAGAAAAGGCCCCUCUCAGCAUGGCCAUCGGGAGCAUUUUGGGCGUGCUAUCACACGGCACCAUCUUUGCACAAAUAGUGUACUACACCUACAUUCGCAAAGGAAAAGCAAGUGCGACCGCUGCCACCAAGGGGAGCACCGGCAAGAAAACUGAGAAAAUCAAGGGCACGGAGAGUAAGGUUAAGGCUGGAAAAGACAAAAGCUCAUGA